AUGGGUCGCGAACUCCAAAAGAAGAAGGCCCGCUCAGGCCGCCAGCCUAUCCGUCAACUUAACAGAUCCAAGAAGAUCCUUAACCCCCGAGGCAACGAUGCCAUUGCAAAGAACUGGAACAAGAAGGAGACUCUUUCUCAAAACUAUCGUCGCCUCGGUCUCGUAGCGCGUCUCAAGGCCCCUACCGGUGGAACAGAGAAGAAGCUUGGCGCAACCACAACCCGCGCAUACCCCAAUGAUCCCUUCUCUAUCGCCACCAUGGAGAACGCCAUUGUAUCAGAGGCACGUGUCGAGCGCGAUGCUGACGGAAAGAUUAUCCGUAUUCUCGGCGAGGCCAAGCCCAACCCGCUCAAAGAUCCUCUGAACGAACUCGACAACGACAGUGACGCUGAGCCUGCCGAGGAGUGGGGUGGUAUUGAGGACGACGCUGAUGCGACCGAUGUUGUCAAGACUCUCCUGGAGCAGAGCAAACAACCUGAUCUUCCCAAGAAGAGACACCAGAGUACCCGGGAGAGGGAAUGGUUGGAGAAGCUCGUAGCCAAGUAUGGCGACGAUACAGCGGCCAUGGCCAGGGACCGAAAGUUGAACCCCAUGCAACAGACCGCAGCUGAUAUCGCCAGGCGAAUCCGCAAGAUGAACAAGGAGUAG